AUGGCGGCCCCCUUGGAGCUCAGUUGCUGGGGAGGCGGCUGGGGGCUCCCGUCGGUACACAGCGAGUCCCUGGUGGUGAUGGCUUAUGCCAAAUUUUCUGGUGCACCUUUGAAAGUCAAUGUCAUAGAUAACACCUGGAGAGGUUCAAGAGUUUUUCUGAGAAAUUGUCAGAAAUAUAAUGCUGACUAUGAACUCUCAGCAAAACAAGGGGCAGAUACAUUGGCUUACAUUGCUCUCCUUGAAGAGAAGCUUCUUCCUGCAGUGCUUCACACAUUCUGGGUUGAGAGUGACAAUUACUUUACUGUGACAAAGCCAUGGUUUGCUUCACGAAUUCCUUUUCCCUUGAGUUUGAUCCUGCCUGGAAGAAUGUCUAAGGGGGCACUGAAUAGGAUUCUUCUGACCAGAGGAGAGCCUCCCCUGUACCACCUUCGGGAAGUGGAAGCACAGAUAUACAGAGAUGCCAAGGAGUGCCUAAAUCUUCUGUCAAAUAGAUUGGGAACAUCUCAGUUUUUCUUUGGAGAUACGCCUUGUACCUUGGAUGCCUAUGUUUUUGGUUUUCUUGCACCUCUUUAUAAAGUACGGUUUCCUAAAGUUCAGCUACAAGAACACCUAAAACAGCUUUCCAACUUGUGUCGCUUUUGUGAUGACAUCUUAAACAGUUAUUUUAGGCUUAGUCUUGGAGGCAUCUCUCCAGCUGGACAAGAAACGGUAGAUGCAAAUCUGCAGAAACUCACACAACUUGUAAAUAAGGAAUCCAACUUGAUUGAAAAGAUGGAUGACAAUCUUCGCCAAAGCCCUCAACUUCCUCAUCGGAAACUGCCAACACUUAAAUUGACUCCAGCAGAAGAAGAAAGUAAUUCCUUACAACGGCUAUCACCCUGA